AUGUGGCAAAGUGUUGGACUAGCUUUGCUGGUCAUUGUAGCCACGCUGGUUUGUGUUCUUAUCUUCAUGUUGUGCGGUUGGUACGUGGUCUGGCAACUCUUCUUGUCAAAGUUCAAGUUCCUGCGUGAGCUUCUGGGUGACGCGGCAGCCCCCCGAGCGCAAUCGCCGCCGCCCCCAACCGAAAGCGCCAACAAAGGUGCCGGCGACGCCCCGGCACGCAACCGUCCCAGGACCACACGCCAAAGAGUCGCCUUCCCGGAGAGCUCUUUGUAG